CGAUACGCGGUAUUAUUCAUACUAGGUAAUUACUGGGUAUUAGGUACUUCACGAACGAAAUUAUAUUCUUAACCAAACCAUCAUUAUCGUGUAGUCUCACAUUUUUGUGCUCAACGCUUCGACCGCCAACGGCGCCAACGGGCUUGCAGCGUGUAGGAGGAAAGUAUAAUCGAAAAACUAUAAUCCAGAAUACGUAAGCGCACGUCCUCCGGCUCUGCAGAACGGAGCACGCGUCCCGAACUAACCAAAUCCGGAUUGGUAAAGCACGGGCAUUGUGUUUUAACCGGUAGCAACCGACUCGUGGUCGUCGUCAGUGGUCAUUCGCGGUCCGGCAGCAGCUGUACACACCGACGGGUGUCUAAACAUCGAUAACGAGUUUCGCACCGUAACAACCGCCGCAGGAACCCAAAGUGUCAUUGCGAACUUGACCAUGGCCGGAGGCGACAACAUGGGUGAUUUCCAUCAAAUACUCACCAGCCUGCUGAGUACUGACAAUAAUGUGCGGCAGACCGCCGAGGAAACUUAUCAAUCUUUACCUUUAGAAUCAAAAGUAUCUUAUUUGUUCAAUGCUGUGCAAAAUCAAGCUGGUGAUGUAGAUGAAAAACAAGUGGCAGCUGUAAUGUUGCGCAGACUUAUGGCCAAUGAUUUCUUGGAAUUUUUUUCUAAUUUGUCACCCGAAAAUCAAAAACAGUUUAAAGACAAUUUGUUGUUAAGUGUGAAUAACGAAAAAAAUGACAUAUUACGUAGACGAAUGUGUGAUGUAGCUUCUGAAGUAGCUAGAAAUCAGUUGGAUGAUGAUGGUAAUAAUAGUUGGCCAGAAUUUUUAAAUUUCUUAUUUCAAUGUGCCAAUUCGCCUUCAAAUGAUAUGAAAGAUUCUGCGCUCAGAAUGUUUACAAACGUACCAGGCGUUUUUGGUAAUCAACAGUCUAACUAUUUGGUUGUGAUAAAACAAAUGCUCCAACAAUCGUUAAAUGUACCUGAUACAAAUGUCCAAGUACAAGCUGUUAAAGCAAUUUGUGCUUUCAUAUUACACCAUGAUAAAGUUAUAGAAAUUCAAAAACAAUUUACAGAUUUAUUACCAAAUAUGAUGAGAAUAACAAAUGACAGCAUUAUGGCUGAAGAAGAUGAUUCGUUGAUUAAACUAUUGGUUGAUUUAUCUGAAAAUGCGCCAAAGUUUUUAAGAUCUCAGUUGUCAAAUAUAGUAGAAAUGUGUUUGAAGUAUCUCGGAAAUGAUGAGACAAGUGAAUCAUACCGUCAGAUGUGUCUCGAAGUAGUUGUUACAUUAGCUGAAACAGCACCAGCAAUGAUGCGUAAAGAAUCAUCUAAGUAUAUUAUACAGUUAAUUGGACAAGUGUUGGAACUUAUGGCUACUGUGGAAGAUGAUGAUGAUUGGGGUACUCAAGAUGACCCAGAUGAAACUGACCAAGAAAGUAUGAGUGUUAUAGCUGAAUCUGCACUGGACAGGCUGGCUUGUGGUCUUGGUGGUAAAACAAUGUUACCACAUAUAUUAAGUAAUGUAUCAUCGAUGUUGGCAAAUCCAAACUGGAAGUAUAGACAUGCUGCUUUAAUGGCAAUAUCAGCUGUAGGGGAAGGUUGCCAUAAACAGAUGUUGCCUAUGCUCCCAGAAAUUUUGGAUGGAAUUUUAACUUUCUUACAAGAUCCACAUCCUAGAGUAAGAUAUUCAAUGUGCAAUGCUAUUGGACAGAUGGCAGCAGAUUUCGCACCAACAUUUCAAAAAAAAUUCCAUGACAAAAUUGUUCCAGCUAUAUUACUGUUACUAGAUGAUAGUUUAAAUCCUAGAGUUCAAGCACAUGCAGGAGCGGCUCUUGUAAACUUUUGUGAAGAUUGCCCUAAAAAAACCCUUUUAUCUUAUAUGGAUCUGAUCAUGGUAAAACUUGAAAGUAUAUUACAAGCUCGUAUAAAUGAUCUUGUGGAAGGUGGUGGUAGACGCUUAGUAUUAGAGCAAAUGGUAACCACUAUCGCAUCUGUGGCUGACACAUGUGAAGGAGAUUUCGUUAAGUUUUAUGACCACCUUAUGCCAUGCUUGAAGCAAAUUAUUCGUAAUGCUGUUGCUCCUGAAUUAAAGCUGUUAAGAGGCAAAACAAUAGAAUGUGUUAGCUUAAUAGGCCUAGCUGUUGGUCAAGAGAAGUUUUUGCCUGAUGCUAGUGAUAUAAUGGAUUUAAUGUUAGCAACACAUAACAAAGAUGAAAAACUUUCAGAAGAUGAUCCUCAAACUUCAUACUUGAUAUCUUCUUGGGCUCGAAUGUGUAAAGUUAUGGGUCAAAAAUUCGAACAGUAUCUUCCUUUGGUUAUCGGUCCAGUUAUGGCUGCUGCUUCUCUGAAACCUGAAGUUGCAUUGCUGGAUAAUGAUGACAUGAGUAAUAUGACUGAUAAUAGUGAAUGGCAGUUUGUACCUUUAGGAGAGCAACAAAACUUUGGUAUUAGAACUUCAGGGUUAGAAGACAAGGCAUCAGCUUGUGAGAUGCUUGUAUGUUAUGCACGAGAGUUGAAAACUGGUUUUGCACCCUAUGCUGAAGAUGUUGUUAAACUUAUGGUGCCUUUAUUGAAAUUUUAUUUUCAUGAUAAUGUUCGAAUUGCUGCAGCGCAAAGUAUGCCUAGUCUUUUGGAAUGUGCAGAAAUUAGAGGACCAGAAUAUUUGCAACACAUGUGGGGUUAUAUUUGUCCUGAACUUUUGCAAGCUAUUGAAUCUGAACCAGAACCAGAUGUUAGUGCUGAGAUGUAUGACGCAUUAGGAAAAUGCAUAGAAUUAUUGGGAACAGGAUGUUUAUCAGACAAAUGGAUGAAAGAUCUAUUGCAUACAUUGGAAAAAAAUUUAAAUUCUCAUUUUGAGAAUGAACUUCAACGUUUUGAAAGACGUAAAGAUGAAGAUUAUGAUGAGGUUGUUGAAGAAAGACUAGCUUUGGAAKAUACUGAUGAUGUCUACAAACUAAGCAAAAUGACUGACAUUAUGCAUGCUCUCUUUGUCACUUUUAAAACAGACUUCUUCCAAUAUUUUGAUCUUAUUGUACACGAAUUUGCUAAAUUAUUGGAUGCUGAUAAGAGUGCAUCUGAUCAUCAGUGGGGUCUUUGUGUCUUCGAUGACCUUAUUGAAUUUUGUGGACCUGGGUGUGCUAAAUAUCAAGAAUAUUUCUUAAGACCUAUGGUUGGAUAUGUCACGGAUAUUAACAGUGAAGUUCGUCAGGCAGCAAUUUAUGGUUGUGGAGUGCUAGGGAUGUGUGGAGGACCUAGUUUUGCUGGUGUGUGUGCUGAGAUUAUGCCAUUCCUUCUACAGGUGAUCAAUAACAAUGAAGCCCGAUCUCCUGAUAAUAUAAGUGCAACUGAAAAUGCAGUGUCAGCCAUCGCCAAAAUAUUAGAAUUUAACAGUUCAGCUGUCAACGUUAAUGACAUAUUACCUCUCUGGCUAUGUAAUUUACCUGUUAGUGAAGAUACUGACGAAGCUCCAUUUGUUUAUGGGUACCUGUGUAAACUCAUAGAAAGUCACCAUCCUUUGGUAUUGGGACCAAACAAUUCUAAUAUUCCUAGUUUAAUCAGGAUUAUUGCAGAAGCUUUUUUGAGAGAUGCAAUUGACAGAACACAUAGUGUUGCCCAGCGAAUGAUUAUGAUUGUUAGAGGAAUACAGGCAAACCAAGAGGUAUUUAACGCGUGUUUAGCUGUAUUGAAUCCUGAACAGAUGAAGAUGUUACAAAGUCUUCUGAUGGUUAAUAAUUGAUUUACACAUUUGACCGUUUAUGUUUUAUUUUUAUGACAAAUUUGAAUCUUUACUGUAACCCCUGCUUCUAUUAUUUUUACUUUAUAUCAUCACUUGUUAUUUUUUGUUAUAUAGUAACAAAAUUAAAUGGUUUGGAAUGAUGUAUUAAAAAUAUUAAAUUUUAAUACUUUUAAAAAUCGAAAUUAAAUUAAUGUUUUAAAAUUUGCAUGAACUAAAUUGAAAUGUAUUGUGCUAUAACUUUUGUAAUAAACAUUUUUUUUUACAUCUUAUAUGCCAGAU